CUGCUUUUGUGGACUAAGUCAUUGACAACAGGUCUAAACUGAUAUCGAAAACAGAUUUCAGUUGAGGAAGUUGAGUGGUGCAUUCACAUCGGAUUUUUUUAGUGAGAAUUUCUUCAUCAGCGUGAAGAUUAGUUUGUAUAUAAAAUGACUGACCUAGGGCCGCCAAGAAUUCAUUCUGUCGUAGCAGCACGAAGCACCGCUCUAAAGAUCAAAGAACUGUCAUCGAGUCUUCUCUCUGAGAAGAAAAAAAUAAACGACGAGGGAGCGUUUGCAGUCACGUAUUGCGAUGAUCCAUCAAACCAGGUACAGAAACUAGUUCAGCCCAGCAGAGAGGAGCCUCCGGGAAGGCGGCGAUCUGCUACAACGCACACGGCUUCGGCAAAUGAUCAUGAACACUAUGUUGGAGGAACAGACGUGAGUGCCGCCUAUCGUUUUUUAGAUCCAGAAGAAGGCGGAAGUCGAAGACAAAGAUCGAACACAGUGACGACGAUUGGAUUCAAUGAAGCAGCUUCGUCAGAUUCGGAGUCUGUAAAGAUACCACAUUUCCGAUCGGGGGAUGGUGCGUAUCGAAGGAGAAGAUACACAAGAUCAAGAAGGGCAUCCGUAACUACUCAAUCCAGCGGACAAGAACGAAUCCCGGAGCAUGGAACUCUAGAGAAUUCUUUUCGCACAGAGCCAGAGAAGAUGUUUGAACACUGGAAAGUUACAGAGAUCAUCAAGAAAACUUUUGAAGAAAACUUGCUUGAGGAACACGAGGAACACGAUGAUCGCCGCAAUUAUCAAAAAAUGUGCAAAAUCCUUGCAGACUUGAUCAAAGAACAGGUUAAACAUUUGGAGUUUUCCAGGCAUAAAAUCAUCUGUAUUGUAUCCAUAGGUCAGAAGAGAGGGGAGAGCGUGCGUCUGGUGAGCAGAUGUGUUUGGGAUCCGAGACAUGACAGCUAUGCUCAAUAUUAUUUUGAAAAAGGAGACCUGUUCGCCUUUGGUGUAGUGUAUGGUGUGUAUUACGAGUAACAGAGACACUUAGCAAACAACUGAACGUGUAAAGAAAAAAUUCAAAAUGGUCGCCUCAUGGCAGAUGGUAUGUUUGAAAACCUAAUAUCGUCUAGAAGAAAGAAUCUUGUUGAUGGGGUGUGGCAAACAAUUCGACAAGCGUCUUUGCUUUGUUUAAAAUCUGACAAGUCGCAAUGCAAAACAGUGUACACGUAGUUUAUCGAUGCAAUUGAAAUGUUGAAGAGAAAGGUAAACAACUCUGCUUGCGUCUGUUUUGACGUAACUGUAGGCCCCUUCCUGGAUACACCGCAGUAAAACAUAUGCGCAUGUGCAAACGUUGAAAAGCCUUUAAAGUGGCAUAAGUUAAAUAGAGGCCUUGCAUUGUGCUAUAAGGCUGUGAAUCCAAAUUGUUUCACUGGAGCUGUUAGAAAACGACCACACCAGCUAAUAAUUUAGAAGAUCAUAACUUUUCUAGUGAAGCCGAAACUUAGUUAGAUACCUUU